UCAAAUUAACUUCAAACGAACAACUUCUAACAUUAGUAUAGUACAUUUUUCUAUGCUGCUCAAAUAUGAGCGUGUACUACUUUUUCUUGCUUUGUGUUAUAUUUGUGGUACAUCCAAAUCAUGUUAUUUGUAGCCAAACAUACAAUGAUACAGAAUGCCCAAAAAUUACCCCUGGAUCGGCAUCUUCCACCUUCACUGCUGCACUGAAGUAUUUUGCAGGAGAGCAAUGCAAUGUUUACAGUGAUCUCCAUCCCAAGUCAGAAGUUAAUGAUCAUGAAGAAUUCGAUUUUAUAAUUGUUGGCGCUGGAACUGCUGGGUGUAUUGUAGCAAGACGUCUUGUAGAUCAAAAUUUCAAUGUUUUACUUCUUGAAGCUGGUUCAGACCCACCUGUCGAAGCAAAGAUUCCUAAUUUGGUCACCUCAAUUUAUAAGACGAAAUAUGACUGGCAGUAUUCAACUGUUAACAAUGGUCGAACAAGUCAAGCACUGAUUAAUGGAAAUACGUACUGGCCUCGUGGAAAAAUGCUUGGUGGUAGUCACCAACUAAAUAUGAUGUUCUACUACAAAGGAGCAGCACAUGACUAUAAGUCUUGGGAAGAACUCGGUAAUAAUGAAUGGAGCGAACAAAACAUUAAAAAAUUUUUCAAGAAAGCAGAGAGCUUACAAAGUCAAAAAUUACUAAAUAAUAAUGAAAUAAAAAAUUUCUAUGGUCUUGAUGGUCUUCAAGUCAUAAAUACAGUAAAUUUUACAUACGAUCACAUUAUUGACAAAGUACUUGAGUCAUUUCAAGAAAUAGGAAUAGAAAAUAAAGAAGAGAUAAAUACUGCAAAUUUAAGUGGAUCGAGUAGAAGUACAGUGACAGCUGCAGAUGGCACCAGAAAAACUACAUACGCCAUGUACGUAGAGCCAAUAAUAUCAAGAAAAAAUUUCAAAUUGAUAAGUCAAACAUACGUGACGAAGAUAUUAAUUAAUGAUAUGAAAGCUAAUGGUGUGGCAGUUAAUAUUGAUGGAAAAAAUAUGACUUUUAAUGCUAAAUUAGAAGUUAUUUUAAGCGCGGGUUCAAUUAAUACACCCCAUUUGCUAAUGCUUUCAGGUGUGGGUGACAAAAAACAUUUAGAGUCAAAAAAUAUUAAAUGUAAAGUCGACCUGCCGGCGGUCGGUCAAAACUUACAGGACCAUGCGGCGGUUGGGAUCCCUAUAAUGCUGGACCUACCACCUGGCACAUCAGAAAGGGACACAAAUUUUGACGUUAUUAAAUAUUUAUACAACCGUACUGGGUACCUAGCCCAGUUAAGCGUAACAGAUAUAGGUGCUUUUUAUUCACAUAAUAAUCUCUCUUACCCGGAAUUUCAAAACGUACUUUCUGUAGUAAAUAAUCCAUUGCGACUCAGCUUUUUAAGCUAUAAAGAUGUUAUGAUGAAGUCAUUAAUACAACAGGCUCAAAAUCGUUCAACUUAUGUAUUUGAAGUCGUUUUACUGCAUCCUUACUCCCGCGGAUCAAUCACAUUAAAUUCUUCAAAUCCGUAUGAUUAUCCUAUAAUAGAUGCAAAUUAUUUUGGAGAAGCGCGAGAUUUGAAAUUAAUUACACAAGGUAUUAAAAUAUUAACCAAAAUAAUAAAAACGGACUAUUUCAAGUCUAAUAACGCGUUUCUUCCGAGAUUGAAAUGGCCUGAUUGUGAUAAAUUUAAAUUGGAUAGUGCAAAUUAUUGGAAAUGUAUAGCAAAUAAUACAGUCACUACAAUUUAUCACCCUGUUGGAACAUCAAGUAUGGGCCCCGACCCUAAGAAGUUUGUAGUUGAUCAACGACUUCGAGUGCACCAAAUAAACAAUUUAAGAAUAAUUGAUGCAAGCAUUAUGCCAAAUAUCACAAGCUGUAACACAAAUGGACCGACUAUAAUGAUUGCUGAAAGAGGCUCUGAUUUUAUCAUUAAAGAUCACCUUAAAUAUAAGAAUUAAAUUUUGUGUUGAAUCUCUCCUUUGGAUCCUACAGUUUUAUUUAAAAAAAAAUAUAAAUAAACAUUUAAAUUGUAAAA